GCAAGGUUGAAACUCUAUAGUCUAUACAAGCACAAAGAACAUAACAAUUUGGGAUUGGCUAUUUGGCUCUCAAUUAUUCUCGGCUUCAAUUACCCCGUUCCUCAUUUCUCGAUUACUGCAACUCUAAAAGUCUCAAAAUGCUGCCGCUGCUGAUCUCCCCAUCACCCUCAAAAUGCUUUCCUCCAUCACCCAAUUUCAGCCUUACCCAAAGACUUGCCCGACCCGCACCCACACUCAAGGCAAUCAGAGCAAUGGCGGCGAAACAGAACGGUGAAAGCCAAGCCGGAAUAGCAGAGAAAGUGGCCAUCGUCGGCGGAUUAGUCUCCGCGCCGGUGAUUGGGUGGUCGCUUUACACCCUCAAAUCUACCGGCUGCGGCCUUCCGCCGGGACCAGGCGGCUCCCUUGGCGCACUUGAAGGCGUGAGCUAUUUGGCGGCGGCGGCGAUCGUGGGUUGGUCAUUGUAUACCAAGAGCAAAACCGGGUCGGGUUUGCCCAGUGGACCGUUUGGGUUGUUAGGAGCGGUUGAAGGGUUGUCUUAUUUGAGUUUGUUGGCGGCGAUAGCUGUCUUCGGGUUACAAUUCUUUGAUCCAGCAGCUUCCAUCAUUCCCAGUAGCCAGUGCUUCGGCUGAAUUAAAUUAAAUUUGAGUUUUGGGAUGAAUUGAGAAUUUAAGAUUCAUCCUCUUUCCAUAUUUUCACUUUCAUUUUGAUAAAAUAAGAUAUUACAGAGUAUUAGUUUAUGGUAGUUUCUAUGGUACCCAUAAGGUACCAUACAUUUGUCCAUAUGGACCAAUGAAAAGGUAGCAGUUGAAUUAAUUAAAUCUAAAUUAAAA